AUGGAAGAGAUUAAGCCGAUCGAGGAAAAAGUGUUACAGUUUUAUGAACAGAUAAAUCAAAUCCAACUCUUACAAGAUUUCAAUGAUGGAGUCCCAUCGUCAAUGUCAAUGGAGAACAGAACCAUGGGAGAUGAAGAAAUUACAAUGAGCUUUGAUGAUGAGGCGUUGACUAUAAAAAAGCUACUUGUUAGAGGGAAGAAGCAGCUACAAAUGAUAUCAAUUGUUGGGAUACCAGGACUCGGUAAGACAACUUUAGCCAUAAAACUCUACAAUGAUCCUUAUAUCACACACUAUUUUCAUAUUCGUGCAUGGACCUAUGCUUCUCAAUUAUCCAGACAAACAGAUAUGUUGUUAGACAUUUUACGUUCUGUUAAUGUGGUCUUUACCGAUGAAAUUAAAAACAUGACCAAUGAGAACCUUGGUGAUAAGUUGUACAAGUCAUUAAAAGGCGAGAGAUAUCUCAUUGUCAUUGAUGAUUUUUGGGAUAUUGGUGCCUGGGUUGAUCUUAAAAUGUAUUUCCCCAAUGACAACAAUGGAAGUAGAGUUAUGUUCACUAGUCUCCACAAAGAGUUGGCUAUGUAUGCCUCACCUGAUUGCUAUCCUCAUUGUCUGCGUUUUUUCACUGAAGAAGAGAGCUGGGUGUUAUUACAACAGAAGGUGUUUCCAAAUGAAAGUUGUCCACCAGAACUGAUUAAAAUUUGGAAGCAUAUAAUGAAAAAAUGUGAAGGGCUUCCACUUGCAAUUGUUAUAAUAGCAGGACUUCCUGCAAAGAACAUCAAGACACAAGAGUCAUGGAUACAAGUUGCCCAAAGUGUGAGCUCAUACAUUGUUAGUGAUCCAAACCAGUGCUUGGACACACUAGCACUGAGUUACAAUCACUUGCCUCGUCACUUGAAACCAUGCUUUCUCUAUUUAGGAGCAUUUCCAGAAGACCAAGAAAUCCCGGUGCAAAAGUUAAUUUGGUUAUGGAUAGCUGAGGGUUUAUACAAAAACUUGGGCUGA